UGUGAGAUGUAAAGAAGACUUUCCGUAACGUUUUUCCGUUGAAUUGAAUCGUUAUAAUUGAAGCAUUGAAUAAAGGUGAAUGAGCAUUGGAUGGAGUUGGUUUGGUAAUGUCAAUGUGAUUUAUCUGCAUGUUGUAAGGAAUUAGAAGUAUCCUUGUAUGUAAAAAUGUCUGAACAAGAAGUUGAAAAAAUGGUGCAAGAUGAUGAACCUACACCAGAUUCAAAUAAAGACCAUGUAUUUGUGAAACCAGAGAUGUCAACAAAUGAGGUUGAAAAACUAGAAGAGGCAAAACUAAAAGCCAAGUAUCCAAUGGCAUCCGGUAUUCCUCUUAGUGGGCAUUCAGCUUUCCUGCAGAAAAAACUUGCAAAAGGGCAAAAGUACUUUGAUUCUGGUGAUUACCAGAUGGCUAAACAGACCACAGCCCUCAAGACCAGACAAGCGCCACAAGCCAAUUUGGCAUUUGGGACUGGGGAGGCCAUUCCCACUCCAGAAUCAGUGCCUGUGCGGAAAACGUCCAUAAUUCAGCCCAAAUUUACUCCUAGCUCAACCACAUAACCUAGUGAAGUACAACCAAGCCUUGUGCCAAACAGUCGGUUGCUAUGUGAACUCGUGGUUUUGGAUCUUGUUUAUAAUAUUUGUAGUUCUACUCAAAUGAUAAUCGGUUCAUAUCAAUGUAAGAAAAUCUCAAAACUUAUGUAAGUAAAUGUGUUAUUUUAUUCAAUGAAUGUGCGAAAACCCAAACAAGCACAAUCUCAAAAAUUGUGAAGAUUGUAAUUAAACGGUUUACAACUAA